AUGGCGCCUACGGUUGCCGGUCGUGGCGGCCCUGGGCAGGCUCGUCGUGCGCCUCCAUAUCCUGCUUCUUCGUCAGGCGGCAAGGCCCGUCCGGGGACCGCCAGCAGGGUGCAUCCUGCGGUGGGCGGCAAGACGGUAACAGGCGCGAAGCGACAUCGUAAAAUCCUUCGUGAUUCCAUUAAAGGUGUCACGAAACCCGCAAUCAGACGACUCGCUCGACGAGGCGGCGUCAAGAGAAUCUCUGCGGGCAUCUAUCCCGAGAUACGCCUCGCACUCAAAACCCGUCUUGAAACGAUUCUGAAUAUCUGUGACACGGUGGUUGAGUAUCGCCAGGCAAAGACAAUCACAGUGAAUGACGUCAUUUUCGCUUUGAGAAAGAUUGGUCGACCCAUCUACGGCUUUGACCCCGACACAUACGACGCGAGGAAGAAUGUGCGGCACGAACCGCCUCGAGGCUCUUGA